UUAACGGUGCAUGUACGGCGCAGACCAAUGGCGCCACGGUAGUGAAAGCGUAGUGACACGAAAGUGUUGGAAUAGAGAAUAUAUUAUAAAUUAAUGACAUAUUAGAGUGGCGAACGAAUGUAGGCAGAACAAGAAACGAGAACAAAGAAAAAAGUGAAAAAUAUAAACAAAAAAAUAACCGUGAUAUUUAUUUGAGAAGAAAUAAACACGAAUUAUUUCCACUUCUACAUUCACACAUUAAUGCCGCGCUGCUCACGUGUAUGUUUGCGUAAUUAAAAAUUUAUGUUUCUGCGCCUUUAAAUAUGCUAUAAACACACACAUAUUUGUUUUGGCAGUUGCUGGCUUUAAGGCGUGCUUUGCUUGUGUUGGUGCAUGUAGUUGUUUCGAAACAAUUUUUUGCCGCUGUGUGCUCCAGAGCAACGGUGUCCCAUUGCAGCAGACACCGUGGUACGUCAUUGCGGCGUGCCGUUAUCAUUUGCUGCCGCAGCACGCUUCCCACGGGUGACGUUUGCAUUUUUAUUUUUAAAUCUUUCGUUUUACCUUUGUUUGCGAAAGUGCUACAGCUGGCACGGUUGCGUAAAUGCACGCUCGCCUGCAUGACAAUGCGAAUUUUUCAACAGCAAAUGUGCUCGACGCAUUCUCGAAUAGAAUGCAAAGCCACGCCAACCCACAAAAGGACAAGUCAAAACAAAUAAAGCAAGCGAAACAAAGGAGAAACACGCCGCGAAAUUGAACUAAAUUAAAUAUUUUCUGCAAGCUUUGAUGCAAGAAGAACCGAAAAAGCGAAAAUAAAAAAUAAAAGCCAAUUCAAAAAGAAAAGCUAAUCGAUAUAUGAAAAAACCGCAAUUUGAAUGAGCAACAAAAGAUGUAAGAGAAAACAUACAGCAAAUACAAUAACGAGUGAAAAUCAGGUGCAACCAAAGCAUAAUAAGCACGCAUUGAAGAGAACAACACAGCAUAAUCGAAAAAAUAAUUUGAAAUGCUAAAAAAAAGCUAGAAAAAUUGGUUGCGCGCAAAAUUUAGAAACGUGCCAGCGAAAAUUUCAUCAGAAUUUGACAACAACAACCAAAUCAGCGUACGCAGAAUGAAGUAAAAUUUCACUAAGGCACGCGCACAACAAAAAAAUUACAAAAAACCAGAACUAAACAGCAGCAAUUUCGCUGCGAACGAAAAGUGAAAGCAAAACACGCAAAAUCAACCAACACACAAUACAAAUAACAGGCGAAAAAAUCGCAAACUCAAUGAACGAGAAAUUAUCACUGCCAACAGCCACACCCAUUGAACAGCUGCAACAACAACUGCAACAGCAUACCAGCACUUGUGCGACCAUUGACCAGACGGAUUAUCGCUACGAAUCAACGCUGCCAGCAGCAGCAGCAGCAUUGGUAACGACAACAACAAAUAACCCAACAACAUACCAACACGACAGCAGCAGCAACAAUAAUGCCACAACGAGUGGCAUUGACAUGGGCUGCGUGGAAAAUGGCGCUGGUGGCGGCGGUGGUGGAGUCGCGGCAGCCGUUGUUGCUGGCAGCGAAUUGUAUCGCUACGCAUCGGUAGCAAGUUUAGGCGGCGCUUCGACUAUGCUCGCCGUCGAUGCUUAUAUGGCUGGGUCGGGUGUGGGUGUGUCCGCCCAGGCCGCGCCACUUGCAGCGUCGGCCGCGACAAUUCUCAAAAUUAGCCACACUGGCAGCGUGAGCGGUGGCGGCAGCAAAGGUAGCACCGUGAACAGUCCGCACAAGCAGCAGUCGGGUGCACCGCAGCGCGACAACGUUUGCGGUUGCUUCGGCGGUGGUCGCGACGGUGGCGGUGCGCGUGGUGAGGAUGCUGGUGGCGAUAAGCAGCAAUUGCCCGCGUUGACUUUUUGGCCCGCAUUGUUUGCCAAUUUGGGUAUUUGCACGCUGCUGCUCGGCUAUCUAUUCAUUGGCUCAUUUCUAUUCCUCACCAUAGAAACUUCCGGCGAUGGUGGCAGCGCAGCAGGCGUUGUCAGUGAUCCAAAUGCCUGGUCACACGCGCAAAAUGCAGACAUAUCGACAACAAAGCAACAACAACAACAACAUAACCAGCAUACACCGCAAGCCAGUUUCACUGGAGCACAGUCAAAGUUAUACAAAUCCAGUGAACCGUUAUUUGAUGUGGCAACCCCAACAGGCGGAGCGCGCUUGCAAGGAACUGAUACUGCUGCUGCUGAUAGCGGCCAACCACACGAAAGCAGCAUGACGAGCAUGAGCAGUGGCAAGUUUCACGUGAACACGCCGAAUGCAAUGUGGCAUGCAACAGCGGCAGCGAUGGUGGCGAACGGCACGGGGGCUACCGCAGCAGCAGACGCUGCACACUUUGAUGUGAUUGCAAGAGCGGAAACGGAAACAUAUGCUGACAGCAGGCACGCUACCAACAAGUUGCGGCCAGCGCCUAACAGCAUGUUGCUACAACAACCGAAUGAUAUGACAGCAGCUAAAGCUACAUAUGCAACGCUGUCUCAAGCCAUGGCUGUGCAGGCGCAUCGUGGCCAUCAUGCUACUAAUGCCAUUGAUGCUGUCAAUGGCAAUGACAUUAACGCGGCUCUCAGUGAUGUUGAUGUGGGGUUGCGUAAUGGAGAUGACGAUGAGGAUCAGAUGGCUGACAUGGCGGCGGAAAACGGUGAUGCAUGGAGCGGCGAGAAUGUGGCGUUGCAGCGUACUGUGGAGAAUAUUUGGGAUAUAACGGUUUCAUUGAAUAUACUCUACAAGGAAAAUUGGACUAAAUUGGCUGCCUUGGAGAUUAAUAAAUUUCAGGAUCAAUUAGUCAAAAGGCUUGUCAUGGAUUUGACGCUAACAACAGCUGGCGGCGGUGCUGGUAUGGCGGGUGUUGUUGCAACAACUACAACAAUGUUACAUGAUGCACAUUCUAGGCAAACGCAACAACAACAACAACAGCAGCAGCAGCAACAGCCUUUCGAUUAUCACAGCAUGGAACCGGCUACAAGUAAACAUUAUGGCAAUGAUGUAGCUGAACAACAAAAGGAGCAACAACAACAGCAACAACGUGAACGUUAUUGGCAAUUACAAGCAGCCCGUCAGCGUCAAUGGCAAUUGCAACAGCAGCAACAACAGUUCGAGUGGAACUUUGCCACAUCGUUUCUAUAUUCACUGACCGUGGUGACGACAGUGGGCUACGGCACCAUCACACCACGCACUACGCUCGGCCGUAUGGUGACCAUUGUGUACGCCACACUCGGCAUACCACUCACACUGGUCUAUCUCUCGAGCAUCGGCAGCAUACUGGCCAAACUGGCGAGCGGCUUUUGUGAGCGUCUGAUUUGUUGCUGUUUUUGCCGGAACACCACAAAUAAAAGACACACCAUCUGCGGUUUUAGUCGACAGCAAGUCGCCGAUAAGAAAUGCAAUGUAAAGCUACAACAACUGCAAAAGCACCAUCAACAACAGCAACAGCAUACAGCGAGCUCCGCGCAACAGACCGCACAGCAGCCCACACAAUCUGCGCACCUACCCUACUGCUACGUGCGUCCACCGGCCGACGAUGCGCUUAGCUAUGGCGAGCACUCACCACUCUCCGCACACUCGCCAGCCACACGUAGCAAUGGCGCACAUACGCUGCGCUGGUCACUGGUGCUGCCAGUCGGCUUUUGCGUGCUGCUGUUGCUCGCAUAUGUCACGUUCGGCUCGUUGGUCAUUGCGGUGCUGGAACACUGGCCUAUAUUCGACGGCGUCUACUUUUGUUUCAUGAGUUUGACUACAAUCGGUUUUUGUGAUCUGCUGCCGGGUGUAAAUGUGCGUCCGGCGACAUCCACCUCGACGCUGGUGGUGUGGUUCUGCGCGGCCUACAUACUGAGCGGUCUGACGCUCACCUCUAUGUGUGUGAAUAUGUUGCAUGACGAGUUUCUGCAGCGCAUGCGUGUUGUGGUGAAAUUCAAGAAAAUGGCGACCGGCAGGAAUACGGCGAAGGAGCGCAGCUUCUACGGCGCGCCGCCUUGACAAUGCGGCGGCGUUUGGGAAUUUAUAUUUGCCGUUGGUGGCGGCGCUACGAUUAGCACGCCGAAGCUGGCGUUGAGACUGUGGCACGAUGAUGUGCUUCUACGAGUGGUGACAUUUUUGCUGCGGCGUGAUCUAAAGUUGCAGCGGAGUAUAUAAACAGCAGUAAUGAAUUUCAGUGGGUAUGCGUGGAUGUAUGCGUGUGUGUCGGUCGCAAGAUGUGUGAUUUGCCGAAAUGUGAUUAUUUAUUAAGUGUUACUCAUACUUAAGUGCAUGUAAAAAGUUAAUUUCUCCCAACUUAUUUUCGCAAUAAAGAUUAAAGUUUUGCGAUUGAUUCGCCAUUCUAUUUGAUGUGACGUACAGACUGAAUGCGCCUGGAGCAGACAAUGAGAAGCGCAAAAAUCAACGCUGUGUGUCAGCACACAUCACUCUGCCCCGCGCGCACAACAACGCUUGUGCACGCCCGCCGCCUGCUCCCCCGCGAAGAGUGACACAAUUAAAUGUUGGAAAUUUAAGCAUCAAACGCUGACGAAACGUGACUAUAACGAAAAUUUAAUUUCGAAGUAAAUUGAGAUGAGUUUAAACUUUGUCAGCCGAGCGUCGUGCUACACCCUUCCACUUUUGCUGCAACUUCCACGUCGCCUGCAAGCACACUUGCACUUGCUAAUAAUAAGAGAUUGGGAGAGUGAAGAAGAGCGUGGGGUUACGUUACUGGUGCGUGUACGUGGAAACGCAGCGUUGCUCAAUUUCGUGAAACGUGACAACCUUGCACUGGGCCAAAAGUGA